AUGGCGACGAUAAAGUCGUUCCUGUUGGGGCUGCUGGUAGUCCACCAUGCCCGAUGGUCCUUGGCACAAACCCAGACUUCUGUCUCUAUCUCUGCCAAUGGACAGCGUCCCAUCGCCUACAACAUCGUCAGCGGGCCCGCCGACGCCACCGCUAUCGCCGGGUCGUACGACAGGUUCGGGCAGUACCAACAGACAGCCAGCUACGUCCGACCUGGGGUAGGGAAACGAGACGUCCCCAUUCCGGUCAUACCGUUUAGACCUAGGACCAACGCAUUCUCUUUCAGUACUUCUGAACCUGCACAAGGACCGUUUGGUGGUCAGGGAGAAGCCUUUGCCCCGCCACAAGGAGCAUUUGCUCCCGCCAGUAACGCGGCACCUUUUAAUUCGUAUGGUCUUCCUGAAAGCUCGUCUUCGGGUGAUGAUUUGUCGACUAUUUAUGUAGGCAAUGCUCCUGCUCCUCAGCCGGUGUAUGGACUUCCAGCUGCAGCACCACCUCCACCCCCACCACCACCCCCACCACCACCGCCACCACCACCUCCACCUCCUCGACCACCACCACCACCUCCGCCACAACCGGCUCCAGAGUAUGGUCCUCCUGCUCCCUACUCUCCUCCGGCCUUUGCCCCACCACCUCCACCUCCACCACCUCCACCCCCUCCACCACCACCCCCUCCACCUCCACCUCCUCCACCACCACCACCACCACAACCGGCUCCAGAGUAUGGUCCUCCUGCUCCCUACUCUCCUCCGGCCUUUGCCCCACCACCUCCACCACCUCCACCACCACCACCACCACCACCUCCUCCACCUCCUCCACCACCGCCACCACCACAACCGGCUCCAGAGUAUGGUCCUCCUGCUCCCUACUCUCCUCCGGCUUUUGCACCACCACCACCUCCACCUCCACCCCCACCUCCACCCCCACCUCCACCUCCUCCACCUCCUCCACCACCUCCGCCACCACCUCCGCCACCCCCACCUCCACCACAACCGGCUCCAGAGUAUGGUCCUCCUGCUCCUUACUCUUCUCCGGCUUUUGCCCCACCACCUCCUCCACCACCACCGCCUCCACCACCGCCUCCUCCUCCACCUCCACCUCCUCCUCCACCACCAAGACCCCACAGCCAGUACGGAGUCCCUGAUAGUUUUAGAGAAGAAUUUUCUCCACCAGCUGGAUCUAGUUUUGCAAACGCAAUCUUCGUCCCCGCACCCAGCCAAGAUGUACAGCCUGAGGGGGAGUUCGCGCCCCCGGCUUCAGGAUUUAUUCCCCCUGAAGGUGCCCUUCUAUCUCCUCCGGCAACUUUUGGAAACCAGAUAGUACCCAGCCCAAGAUAUCCUUUAAGAAGAUCGGGGUAG